AUGAGAGUAGUUUUGGUGUUUCUGCUACUUUUCGCGGUGGCAGCUCGAACAGCAGACAAUUUUCACAAUGUCACAGCCAAGUCGGAUGUUUUCUGGCAGCUCGCCGACUUGGAUUCCCGUGCCCCCGAGAAAUCAGGCAACGUCUAUCUCGGUGCUCAGAAUUACACAUGGUGCUGUCUCAAAGCCGUCGAAGUUGGAUUGGAACUUCUUACGAACGGCACAUUGAUCGUCGCGAACAAAUCGAUUACCAAGAUCAGCGUCUCGAUAACCGGUGACCUUCGGAGCGCCGCUAACAAGGGUCAAUUUCCAUGCGGUGCAAAAUAUAACAAAGCGAGCGGCAAAGCUGAUCAUGUCCCAAGAUCUCUCGUUCCUUCCGGUCAACAUUAUGAAUUUGUGUUGUUCCCUAACGCUUCUCCGGACAUCCCUGCGGAAGUGAGCGUCGCACUAGAAUACUGCGACGAGAACUUGGAAGCAUUCUGA